CAAUCUCGUCAUCUGUUAACAUUGUCGUCUAUGGAGUUUCAGUUAGUGGUAUAUGAGCCCUUCAAAAUCUAGCCGCAAGGAACUCUGGGGGACUGGAGGCGAAUGGGGUCAGAGGUCACUGGCCUGAGUGCGAGGCAACGAGGACGAGUGUGUAUGUGAAUCUGGUUCGAGGAUCUAUCCGGUCAGUUAUUAAUGUUGUUGAAAUGGCUGGAAAAAAUUAUUUCAAAGUAGCUCACCCGUUUUGGAUUGUCACGAUUGGAUUUGGAAUUACACUGACGGGGUUUGCAGCAUAUAGACCAGAUUUAGUGCCUUAUCACUAUCUUGGACCACUGGGGACAUUGACAAAGUAUCUCGUAGAUAAUCACAGCGUUGCAUUGUCAAGAGGAUUUCCUAUAAUAUGGAUAAUUCAUGGUGUAGAAGCUAUUUUAACUUUGCCUGUGUGUAGUAUGAAGGGCAUCGGCGGCUCUGCUCGUAUUAAAUGGUUUCUACAAACAUUCGCAUUAGGAAUUGCUUCAUUCUAUAAUUUACUUGUAUACCACCCACGAAAACUGAAGUAAUUGAAAAAAAUUUUAUAUAAAAUAUAUACAAGCAUAAUAAAGUUUAUGGAUUUUCAUAAA